AUGGAAGCUAGACCAAAAUACCGCAAGACCUCUUCAUACCAUUCUCCGGCUAAACAAACGCUGAAAACGUGCCCAUUAUGUUUGCAAGCAAAACGAGGAUCGUCGAAUCAUUUUUUAAGUAUGUGCCCUUAUCUACCAGAGCAAGAUAAGAAAUUUAUGUCCCGCGCUAGGCAAGUGUUAGUGGAUUCCGACAUAGAAGACGUCUCCGACUCAUUGACAGCCGUAGGUCCCAUAUCUUCCCGAGGAGUUCAGGUCGACCAGUCACCCUAUCUUGACACAUUUUAUCAACAUCAUCAUGUUCGGGUAACCAUUGAUUCUGGGUCAGAAACCAACAUGAUUAGCCACUCUUUAGUUCUACGUUUAGUAAUACCCGUAACGAAGAGCACUCAACAUGCCACACAAGCCGAUGGUCAGACUAAACUUAAAAUUGUUGGUGAAACCCGAUUUGAACUAUUUCGAGACACACACAUACUUCAUCUUACUGCCCUCGUUGUUGAAUCUAUGGACGUUGAUUUAUUGGGUGGUACCACUUUUAUGUCCGUGAACGACGUCUCAGUCAGACCAGCAAGGGUUCAAGUCAUGAUAGGAGAGGAGAUCUACAAAUACGGUCCAUCGGAAGAUAACAAGUCACCGGUCGUACGUCGCACCCAAGCUUCAGUAUUACGUUCCACUGAAUCCACCACAAUUUGGCCGGGUCAAUUUAUCGAAGUGAAAUUGCCAGCAAAUAUCAACCAGCUCUCAACAGUCGCUAUCGAGCCCAGAUUGGACUCAGCCCAAACCAAUGAUCACACUCGAUGGCCGGAACCUGCCAUCUUACAAUCAGUUGGUGGAAAGAUACGUAUACCCAACGCAACCGAUUUACCUGUUGUCAUCCGACGCAACAGUCAUUUUUCCCAGGUAGUCCCUGUUUUUACACCAGAGUCGCACAACAUUCUACCAACCCCAAAUCAAAAACUGAUAACACCCGUCGUCAGCUCUCCCGUACUAUCAUUUGAAGUUUUGCUUAAGCAGUACGAACAAGUCUUUAGUCCAUCACCUACAGGAUAUAAUGGGGCGUUUGGGCCAUUCACAGCAAAGGUCAACAAGGGACCAGUUCUGCCACCUCAACGUAAAGGGAGAAUACCCCAGUACUCCAAAGACAAAUUAGACGACCUUCAAACCAAAUUCGACGAACUGGAAGCCCUUGGUAUAUUUCGCAAACCCGAAAUUCUAGAUCUGUCAAAGAUCUAUUAUCCGGCUCAGUUAAACUACCAUUCCAAAAUCGUACAUUAUGGCGUCAGGCCCAACAACAUUGCAACGAUCUCCGUAGAGUAUACUCUCGUCUUAUCCAAAGAACCCACCCAUCAAAAAACAGUCACAAAUGUAAACGACGUGAAACGUAACCUACAAAACGUAACCAUAGCGGCUGAUGGCACUCUGGUCGUCCGGAAAACUGACCCAUUAACACCAAUUAGAGAAGUAAUCGUGAUUCCACGUGAACUCUUACAAGGUCUUAUAACAGCUCUACAUAUCCGUCUGAAUCAUCCAUCGAGUUACCAAAUGCGUCUUAUCGUGAAGAGAUAUCUUUAUGCCCUCGAUAUCGAUCAAUCUGUAGAUCGUGUCAAAAACCAAUGCCAUGCUUGUAAAUGA